CUCUCUCCCUCUCUCUCUCCUUCUCUCUCUUUCUCUCUCUCUCUCUCUCUCUCUGUAUUGCUCUCUCGCCCUCCCUCUUGUCACGCUCUCGUUCUCGGUAUUAGCCUGCGUGCUCAGAGAUGAAUGUUAGACAGGCAUGUCUCUCUUACAGCACCACGGCUAAGCGUGUGUGUGUGAGCAUGUGUGUGUGUGAGUGAGUGUGUGUGAGUGAGUGAGUGUGAGUGAGUGUGUGUGACGUCUUAAGGAGACAUUCUCGCCACCCAAGAGCAUUUGAUUUCUCUGUUUUCUAUUAGGCUCCUUGUUAAGGAACGGAAGCAACGAGAUGGACUUCCAACAAAUGCCGGAAUGCUACGAUCUUCAGAAUCGCCCCCAAAGUGGGUUUUAUCCGAGCGUGCUGUGACCAGGGGGACUAUUGGACAUGCGGCAGUGCUAGCUGGCUAAUCUCUAACUGGUAUUGUUGUGUUUGAGCGGAAACAUGAGUGAGCUUCCUCUAAUCAUGAAGCCCCAGGAAGGGGUCCACCAAAACAUGUGUCUACAGUUACAGAACAACAAUGAUUUCCUCAAAUCCUCAUCAGCAUCAUCAGCAUCAUCAUCAUCAUUAUCAUCAUCAUCACCGGACUCCACGUACAGUCUUAGUAGCCUGGAUGUGGAAUUGCCAGAGGGGAUGAUGGGAAGGAAAGCAGCCGCCAGCGAAGAUGACUCAGGGAUCCAGAGCCCAGACUGCAGACCCGAUGACAACGACAACUCGGUUUCUGUUUACUUAGAUGCCAAUGAAGAAGGCUGGCAUGCCGAAUGUGAUGACCAAGACAACGUCACGAUAAUUCAAAAUCGAAAUCAUAAGAGUGACAAUGUCUUCAGUGAUGCUGGUGUUGAUGGAGAACAAGGAAGACGAGGCUCAGGUGACUCUUCAGCUACAGAGGCACAGCUGUUUUCUUCUGUGGAUGAAGAGGGUGAGGAUGAAGAAGAAGAAGACUCUUUUCUGUCUCUGAGGUCUGCUGAUGGAGUAAUGAGGAAACAAAGUGAGCAUGAGGAAGUCCAGAUGUGCAGCUCAAACAAGAGGCCCAGUCUGGGCCCUGUGAUUGAGCUCCAUCAGGAGACUUUUCAGGAUUCAAUGGAUCAUCCCAAUGAGGAGGGCCAUAUGUUCAGCUCAACCGUGAGGCCCAGUGUGGGUCCUGUUAGUAAGGUCCAUCAGGAGACUUUUCAGGAUUCAAUGGAUCAUCCCAAUGAGGAGGGCCAUAUGUUCAGCUCAACCGUGAGGCCCAGUGUGGACCUUGUGAGUGAGCUUCACCAGGAGGUUUCUCAGGUGGUUUACAAUGACAAAAGCAAGAUGCAGAGAUCUACCAAAGGGACUGAUGUGGACCUUGGGAGUGAGUUUGACCACAAGGCUCCUCAGGAGUCAGUAGAGCUUCACAAGAACCAGGAGCAGAUGCACUGCUCGAACAGGAAUCUGGAUGUGGGCUCUGUGUGUCAGGAGAUUCUUCAGGAGUCAAUGGAGCUUCACAAUGAGGAGAACCAGAUCCAGACCUCAGCCAAGAGGCCCAGUGUGGAGCCCAAUGUGGAUCUUGUGAGCAAGGUCCACCAGGAGGCUGUGCAGACAACCAUUGACCUUCCCACUGAGAAAUCUCCAUCUCCACCACCUGCAGAAUUAAUCCUCAAUCAGACAAUGUCGCCUUCAGUUUCCCAAGGUGCUCCUCCAUCUACACCCAGCCAGGACAUCAAAGAUCCUCCAUGUUUUCAUAAAAGAAACAUCUCACAAAAUAACAAUGAUCCUCCAAAUCUGUCUCACACCUGGUCUCCCAUAGAACCCCUUAAAAUCAAAUACACCAAAGUGGAGCUAAAACGGUUUUCUAGACCUAAUCUGAAGGACAUCAAACCUAAAGUCAUCUCGAGGGCCACUUCUGCUCCAAGACCAGCGAAUACUGAUCACAUCCAAUCGGCUGCAGGCUGCGAGAAAAAUUCUCUGACCACUAGAAGCAGAGCAGUCAAUAGGAGAGAGCAAGGCGACGAUGGAGUCAAGCAGAACCGUGCAUCCUCUACUCAGGCAAGAGCGACCACGCCCAUAACAAUUUCAGACUCUGACAGCAAAUCUACAUGGCCACCGAUGGUCAAAAAGCAACCACCAGAGUUCCCGGGGUCAAAGGUUGUCCCAAAUGGUUGCCAUGUACAGACUGCAAGUUCAAAGGUCACCGAAACUAUGAGAGAUGAGAGAGGCAGCCACAAAGACGAAGUGGUAGUGAAAGAGACUUCCAGAGAUGGAGAUGUGGACCAGACCGUCUCCUCUGACCUCCGACCUCCAGGGGUUGUAACGAGGGUCCCGACCCGAGGAUGUGUGUCUGCGGGGGUCCGAGCAGCUCCGCUGGCUGGUGUGCCAAAGAUGAGAGUGAUUGACAGCAACCCAGCCGUGUGUGGCUCCGCCCCUUCCUGGAAGGCUCCUCUAAAAUCCGCCUCCUCCAAACUGCCAGUCAAAACUGGCAGCCUUCCCAUGAGCCUCAGCUCCUCCUCGGUGGGCAGCUCAGCCAGUGAGAACAAAGGUGCUGCUCAGGUGAUGAAGAGUGAAGAGACAUGUGCUAGACCCUCCUCAUCCUCACAGGGAAAAUCCGCCAGCACCAAACCUGCAGCAGGCGUCCGCAAUAGAGCAAACACCCUCACUAAACCCAGCACUGCAGGCCAGAAGGCCACAGCACAUGUCAUUCAGUCCAAAACUACCCAGAAUGCCCUGCAACGUGGAGGACCUGUGAGACCUAGCCGGAAUUCAGCAACAGUGUGCCCGAGCUCCAGAGGGCCCCGGGGAACCCGACCGGCGCACACACACACUGAGGAAGAGGAAGAGAAGAAGAAUCGCUCCAUCCUCCACCUGCGCUCACUCGUCGCCCACGGCAACCGCAAACUGGAGGCUCUCGCCAUCGUCGUGCAGCACAUCUUCAACGAGAGAGAAGAAACUCUGAAACAGAAGAAGGAGAUCUCCAUCCAGCUGAAGAACCUCCGAGAGGAACUCGCUCAGUCGGUGGUGUGUUGCGAGCGGUUGGAGUGUGAGAAGGCGAGUGUGUGUGCUCAGCUGGACGCGGCGGUGUUGACGUUGCAGCAGCAGCACCAGGCCGAGCUCGCUCAGCUGGAGGAGAGACUCAGGGACUUCUACUCAGCCGAAUGGGACAAAGCGCACCAGGCGUAUCAGGACGAGGCCGACCGCUGCACGGCGCUCAUGAGGCAGCAGGUGGAGGAGGUGAAGAGCAAACAGGAAGCGCUGAGGACAGAACAGGAAGUGGCACACAGCCGGCAGAUAGAGGAGCUCAGACAAGGAUACGAAACCAUGUUAGCAGAACUGCAAAAGGGCCAUGAAAGAGACAGACAGGAGCUGGACAACACACUCAAACGCUCUGAGGCUGCGCUCAAUGAGAGGAUUGCGAGUCUGAUGGAGGAGAACGAGGCUCUGAGCGAGCGACUGAGAGAGUCAGAGGAAAGAAGGAAAGCGCUCGCCGAUAAAAGCCAGAGAGACUCUCGGGUCGUGUAUCUGGAGCAGGAACUAGAGAGUCUGAAGGUCGUGUUGGAUAUAAAAACCAAUCAGCUCCAUCAGCACGACAAGAAACUCAUGCAGAUGGACAAGCUGAUCGAGUCCAACGUGAAACUGGAGGAGUUUGUAACGAAGCUUCAGCAGGAGAACGAGGACUAUAAAGCCCGCAUGGACAAACACGCAGAGCUGUCCAGGCAGUUAUCCACAGAGCAGGCGAUGCUCCAACAGACGCUGCAGAAAGAGUCGAAAGCCAACAAAAGGCUCUCGAUGGAGAACGAGGAGCUGCUGUGGAAACUGCACAACGGCCUUUCACCCCGAAACUCUGCUUCCUUUCCCAGCUCACCUAUUUCGCCUAGAUGACCUUCAACCCUGAACCUCUAUAGACUUUUUAUCUCUCCUGGUUUUUAAAGACCUCACCUCUCUGUUUCCUGAAAUGGCCAACGUUCUAGUGAGAACGUGCGUUUGGGACAGAGCCCAUGUUGCACAGACGCACUUCCAGACCGAGGAACAUGCCUUGCUCUGCCACUACGUUUCCUUUUUAUUUUGUUUCAUUCUUUUUUUUAAAGGAGGAAACACACCUCAGGGUUUGUAUAUAGACUCUUUCUCCUCCUUGUUCCACCGUGGAGUUUGCAUUUCACUUUUAUUUCCAAAAUGUAGGAAGACGUUGUAUUCAUGAGUUGAAAGGAUGAAGCUUAAAUAUGCUUGAAAUGUAACCAACACAUAACACUGAAGAUAUUUCACUAUACUCCGUCUGAGAUUAAUUCAGAAAUAAACUGGUAGGUAAAAAAAAACAUACAAAUAUUAAUUAUAUAAACCUGAAUGCUAUUUCCACUUUAUGGUCCCAGGUACUGGUCCAUGUUCUAAACAAUAUCGCAUGCACAGAAAUCCAGAUAUCUAUCCGGCCUUCUCCUAAAGCUCUUGAAUGUAUUGUCCUUUCCCUAAGACGGUUUCAUCGUAAUGGCUUGAACUGGAACGUUUUACGAGUGAAUGUCUCCUUCAUCUCAAACCCAAUGACUUUUACCAUUUUGCAUUUUAUUUCAAUUAAUGCAUUAAACAUUAUCUGAACACUGA